UACCUGCAAAAAUAAAUUAUCAAUGAAUCUUUUCAGUAUUAUGUAGCAUCUAAGUAGACAUCAGAGCGACUUAUUUCUGCCGGGAGGAAUUUCUCGGCACAGCAGAGCCACGCGGGCGAGGUAAACACAAGCCGGGCCGCCGCCUCCUCCACACCGACACAAUGUCUGUGGCAGUACCAACCCCCAUCAACCCCAAGCCGUUCCUAAACCAGCUGACGGGGCAGGCAGUGGUGGUGAAGCUCAAGUGGGGCCAUGAGUACAAGGGCAUCCUGGUCUCCGUUGACAGCUACAUGAACCUGCAGUUGGCCAACACUGAAGAGUAUAUUGAAGGACAGUCAACAGGCAGUCUGGGGGAGGUGCUCAUUCGCUGCAACAAUGUCCUCUACAUCCGAGGGGCAGAGGACGAGGACGAGGAGGAGGGCCAGAUGAAGGAGUAGAGGGGGAUGUAGAUGUAAAAAGAGAGAGAGAGAGAGAGAGAGAGAGAGAGAGAGAGAGAGAGAGAGAGAGAGAGAGAGAGAGAGAGAGAGAGAGAGAGAUAAUUGAGGGGUUCAUUCCAUUAGCUCAGUAACCAGUUUAUAAAGGUCUCGGAGUAUAAUUAUUUUUCUCAACUUGUCAUUAUAAGGAAUAAAUAGAGGUUGAUGUGAGUUGUGGUGAUGGAUAUGAACUUGAUGUGUGUGUUCUCAUGUGUCACAGGUGGUGAAUGUUUCCUGAUAUGAAUGUGAGUUAAGCUGCUUCACCACUUUAUUUUUUUCUUUAGCCAACACUAUUUAGGGAUUUUGAGGAUAGACAAGUAUCAUGUUAGCUAUAAUUUAUAUUUGCCCUUCAUCCAUUUUUUUUUUUUUUUUUAUAAUGAAAUAGCAGUUCAUUUUUCAUUAGUACAAAAGCCAAAGAAUUCAGUCGUUCAUAAAAAAAUUGAGAGCUAUUAAGGGAAAGAAUGAGCCAUUACUUUUUAUCUCAAAAUAAAUGUACAAGUGUUUUUUAAAGGUAGUGUUUUAUUCACCACCUGGAAUACUAUGGGAUUGAGUCCAAGAAUGUGAAAUUAUGGGGAGGCAUAGGCUGAGUGGUCCCCAUGCUAGUGUGUUGAUCCUGAGACCCACAUUCAAGUCUUGCUGACACUUUUCAGCCAUCAUCAAGUGGCCAAAGACAACCCACAGGCUGUCCUGAUGAUCACCUAUCAACCUGAAUGUAACAAAAAUUCACUUCUGAAUUCUUACUAUCUUGAUCCUCAGAGAUACAUUACAGGAAACCUCACUGUUUGACUGGGUUGCAUUCCUAAAUGAAUCCCUCCCUGCCUGCUGGUUUCCAAGUUACUACCAUUAUGUCAUUAACCAUGCUUGCUUUGUGUCUGAAACUUAACCGUCAGAGGCCUUGUGCCUUCCUUCACAUACCCUCCCCAAACCUACAUCCUCAACCUCCUCUGGGGCUCCAUGAUCUCUCUUUUUCCCUUUUCUUCAGUGUAUUACAAGACUGGGAAGACAAAGGAUCCACGGCUGCCCCAAAGGUGCAGGUUGCUCAAGGGUGAUGUGAUGAUGUACUUGUUCAGUGGGGCUAGACAUUUAUUUGCUUGAAGGCGAUGCCAGGAUUGAGAGAGUCAUUGCCCAUUUGGUCUCCUACUGUUAGUCUGUGAAUAUGAAACUUGGUCAGGGAGGCUUUGAAGGUGGUGUAGAUAGCGGAAUCUUGUGCAGUGCAGGAGGAGGUGUUCUGGUAUGUCAGGAUGUGGGGGGCACCAUGGACAGUGUAGGUCUUGAAUUGGUGUAGGUGGACAUUCAAGUGUGUGUGGCCAACCUUGAGGCAGGUAUUGCAAUAUCUGGGGGUUCAACUAUAAGAGCAGGUCUGUCAAUGCUGGGUAGGUGUGUUUGUGUAGUAUCAUAAAUCUCAAAAUUUUAGGGAGCAAUAUUGAUUGGAGGGCAGUACCAUCUUGUAGUCAAUGUAGUGGCAUAAUUGUCACUCAACCAAACAUGUGAUUCUAGUUUUGAACAUAUUUUUUUCUUACACCAUCAUGAACCUCCAUGUUUGCACUGUUCUUCAAUCUUUUGUAAUUUUCUUUUUUCAUGCUAGACAUUCCAAAUCUUCCAUUCAGAUUCCUGCAUAUUCACAGCGUUCAUACUUUGAUCAGCCAUUAUAGACCAUUACAAUGUUUUCACAAUUUCCCUUAAUACCAAGAACCCUGAAGAGUUAAAAUAUUUAUUUAAUCUUCACAUAAAUACAUACAUUAUUAUUCCACAUACAGGUAAAAUUAAUGCUAAGAUACUCAAAAACCAUGCUACAAGUAAAAAUAACUCUGGAGUCAGCCAGAUUAAAGAAUUACAAUGAGGAUUUAUAAAGACUGAUGACAUAAUGACACUUGUUAGACAAACAUUUCUAUUCAAUACACUUUAUUCCAACACAAUCAUUGACACCACCAAUGGUUCCAUAAAAGAAAAAGAUGACUUACAAUGGUACCUCAGCAUUUACUAUUGGGAUUUCACUGUUUAAACUAUUCAUGAUAACUGUGAAAGUGUAUGUAACAACGGAAAUUGUACUGUCAAUGAUCUGCACAAACAUCAGUAAUAAUGCUUUAGAUGUUACACUUCAAAAGCUUGUAAUAUAUUACUGGGUGACAUAAUGUAUUACUGUACAGCCAAGAGCAGAUCUGGAUCAGAAAAUACUACAACUAAAUACAUGUGACAGAGCUGAGACAUUAAACUCCUAGUAAUUAUUUCAUGUACUGCAUCAAAGUUUAGUCUAUACUGGAAGAAAGAAAACCAUAUCAGAAAAAAAAAAACUAAUAUUAGCCUAUUAGCUUAACAUGUCAGGCAAAUUUCUUAAAACAUAUGAAGAUGCAAAACUGCAAAUCUACUUUGAAUGUUAUGUUAUUCACUGACUAGUUACAAAUGGAAUGAGUUUAAACAGAGCCACAGGAAGUUUGACAAUGAAAUUAAUAGGGCAACAAUAAGACAAUGAAAUAAAUGAGAUGAGACUUCAAAGUUUGCACUGCUGUCUACCAGCCUAAAUAAGUAAAAUGAAGGGAAUUUUUUGUCAUCUUAUUUGGUUAAGACAUAACAAAGCUAUUCAUUGUAAGGCCAUGAAAAUGAUCUUUUCCUCCUGUAAUAAAUCACAUGAGAUGUUGAAAGCUUCAUCUUACAUCUCUUAAAUAAUAAAUCUCAAAGAAUUUAUGAAUAACACUGCAAAUAUAUUAUAUCUGAUGAUUUAAUUUAAAUUAAGAGUAAUGAAUCUUUAAUUAGGUGCAGAGAAGUACUAUUUGCCUGCACAAAAUACAUUAAAUGGUUCCAAAAAAAUAGUCCUGCCAUCUGCUCAUACCACUGUAGAGAUCCUUUUCUUUAUCUUCUUCCACCACUUAUUUAUGCAUUCCUGCUACUAUUGCCAUGAUCAUAAUCAUGUCUGCCACCAUGCUAUUGAAGCAUAUUUCACAUCUAAUCUAAUUAUAUAAUGCCCAUAAUUCACCUCAUCAUGUGACUGAUAUUCCACAAUCUAUUCAUAUAAUUCCAUCACCAUUUUUGUUGUACUUAUCUUCUUUGUGCAACCAAACCAUUCUUCUUCAACUACCACACAACUUAUAAUCCUACCUUAGCCAUGCUCUGUCCAGCUUUUGUUUCCUCAUUUAUCUCAACUGUAUAAUUAUCAUGAGGAAAAAGAAAACGUGUAAUACCACGUCUCCCAUCUGUUAUGUUCAUUCUUGUCAAAAGAUUUAACCAAACAUAAAGUAAAGAUGAAGACAAGCAAUAAAAAAAUAUAUCAACAUUCUUUUGCCCUUAUAGCUCAAUGGUCUUUGUUUAAUGCUCAUUUUUUUUCCUGAUUUUUAUGAUGUUAUUCCAACUCAUAAACAUGCAUACUAUAAAAAAAAGCUAACAAAAUGAUAAACACAUACAAUGUGUUUAGGAUAUUCAAUAAAAAAAAAAAAAAAAAAAAAAAAAAUCAACAAAGAA